GAUUAAGAAAAAAAUCUCCCCUAAAACACAGCCAUUGCAACGCUUAAAAUCGAAUGCAUGUGUUUCGGAACAUUAAAAUGGUCAUUUUUACGUCGCACGAUGUGCUGUGGUCAAUAUUGUGUGAACAGUAAACAGUAAAACAAAUGUGUAUUCACGAGAAAUCUUAUCAAAAUGGAUAGGAUAAUGUUUUGGAUGAAUUUAGAAAAAUGAUCAACAAACGGAAAUUAACAUUUUUACUGUUAUUAUUGUGUUCAAUUCGCGUUAGACAAGUAGCAACAACAACAUCAACAACAGUGGUAACACCUAAAAGUUCUUCGGCUCCAGUAAAUCCAGUGUCAACAGAAUCAAAUAAUAAUGUGGAGCUUCUUAUCAUCGGCAUCGCCGUCGGUAUCGUUGUUGUUGUUCUAACAGCGGUGUUGGUCGGCGUCUGCUACAGCCUCUACCGGAAAAAGAAGAAGCAGGUGCAUCCGCACUCGGACACGGAAACCUUCUACUCGCGAUCUGAAAGCGAGACUGAGUCAAGGCCGACAACUGCUUCUCAUAUUCACCUCGAUCCCGAGCCAGAGGAAGCGAUGUCAAAACCUGUCACCAUGACACCAUUCGAGCUGAGGAAACUCUACGUGGAAACAUUUCCAUACACAAAAUGGAAAAAGGGUUUCGACGGCUCCCUGCGGCCACACAUGAGCCUGAAGUUCAUGAACCCGCGCCUGUAUGCCAGGACGAAGGGCGACGAGCGCUCCUUCAGGGACAAGAUCCUGAACUACGAACUCUCCGACAGCAUUACGCUACGGUCGUCGGCACUCUCCCGGAUGAUGCAGCAGACGAAAAUGCCAACAAUGAAAGAAACCAUGGAGCCCGUUACUGAACCGAAUGAACUUAUAUCGCCGAGUGACUCUCAGGAAGUAACCCCGAAAAACGACUUUGGUGAAUGUCAGGUAAACGAAGAAACAGAAAUAGACGCUGAAAACGUGCCGGCUGUUAAUUUAGCCUUGACUAACGGCACCGUGGGCGUUGAUUGUGACGUAGAACUCAUGUGAACACACGGCGGUUCUAAAUCGCAUGAGAUGUGUUAAAAUCAAACUAAUAGCUGACAUCUUAAUGUUCUGUCGGUGUCGAUAAACCAAUAUGCCGUAAGGUAAACUGUUCUUCAGUUAGACUUGUUAGUCAACAUUGAACAUGCGCCUAAAAAAAACAC